AAUGUCUGGGUCAGGAGUGAAGCGAAACUAUUUCCUCAAAUGGAUGCAGAUUAAUCUGGACAUUAUAUCACAGAAGAAUACAUCAGGUUUUGAGGACAAGUACAAUAAGCUUAGCAAAGAUUCUCCAGAGGAGAAAGACCAGAUUGCAGAUUUGUAUAAGAAAAUAUCUGAUUGUUCAUUGGGACUUGAACACUUCCUUCGUGAGUUGGGUCAGUUAUAUGAAUCUUCCAGCUUCCCACCUGAAAAAACAUUUACAAUGCAAGAGAUCCAAGAUUUGCCUCCUUUGUGCGCUCAGAUGCUGUUGGAUGGUUUCCCAAUUGAGCUUGUAGAUGGAGAUGCAUCAAAUAUCCCACUAAAAUGGAUUACUGCUGUAUUAACUCAGCUACAUACUAAACUGAAAUCAAACAGCAAGAUCCAUGUGGUGACAGUUUUAGGGGUCCAAGGCACAGGGAAGUCUACUCUCCUCAACACCAUGUUUGGGCUCCAGUUUGCUGUCAGCAGUGGAAGAUGUACCAGAGGGGCCUUCAUGCAACUAAUAAAAGUAAAUGAAAAACUCAAGGAGGAGCUGAAAUGUGACUUCAUUGUGGUCAUUGACACAGAGGGGUUGAAAUCACCAGAGCUAGCUCAACUAGAUGACAGCUAUGAACAUGAAAAUGAACUGGCCACUCUAGUUAUAGGACUCAGUGAUGUCACGAUUAUCAACAUAGCCAUGGAAAACUCAACAGAGAUUAACGAUAUUCUACAGAUUGUUGUUCAUGCUUUCAUCAGAAUGAAGGAAGUCGGAAAGAGGCCAAUUUGUCAUUUUGUUCACCAGAAUGUGUCAGAUGUGUCUGCUUAUGUCAAAAACAUGAGGGCCAGGAAGAAGUUGUUGGAACAGUUGGAUGAAAUGACCAAGGCAGCAGCCAGAAUGGAGAAGAAGGAGAACAUCACCAAGUUCACUGAUGUGAUGGAUUAUGAUCCAGACACCAGCAGCAGCUACAUCCCAGGACUCUGGCAUGGAACUCCUCCUAUGGCUCCAGUCAAUGUGGGCUACAGUGAGGCAGUGUAUGACUUCAAGAAGAGACUGAUGCAAAUAUUGAAGGAAUGCAAGGGGGAUAAUGAUUUGACAGGUUUCCUGAAGUGGACAACAAGCUUGUGGGAGUCUGUCAAAUUUGAGAAAUUCAUCUUUAGUUUCAGAAACAGCUUAGUUGCAGAUGCAUACUCCUGUUUAUGCAGUGAGUACAAUGCAUGGGAAUGGUCAUUUCAGAAAGAAAUGUAUUCCUGGAUGGUAUGUGCCAAAAACAAAAUUUCUAAUUUUGGUCUAACAUUUCCUCAGUCUCAAAUGAAGGAAAAUAUGCUGGAUGAUUUGUUAACAGAAGCAUCUGAUAAGAUUGCAGUUGGAGGAAACGAAAUCCAAGGCAAAAUAGUAAAGUACUUUGAAAGGCACGACAGACAUGUAAAUCUAGUGGAGAAAUAUAAGGAGGACUUCGUGGCCAGUGCCAACAUAUUGAGGAGGGAGAUGGAAAACAAAGUUAGGAACACUCUACAUAGAACUGUUGAGAUCAAAGAGGGGAUGGCCAAACUGGAAAAGAUCAAACGCUCACAUGCAGAAACAAUGGAAAAGAAAGUUCUGGCUUUGCUGCAAAUAUGCAGACGCAAGAAAUCUGAUUUAUUAGAUCAAGAUCUUGAAAAAGAGUUUGAAAGCAUGUGGACGAAAACUUUGUCUGAGAUCUGCUUCAGAAAACCUCCAACAAGAAAUAUUCCUCAGGAUGCCUUUCUUGUGUUAAGUAGAAAUCUAGCAACAAGGGGGAGUUAUGUCAAUAAAUUGUUGGUUGGAAACAAUCUAAGGGAUUGUGGGACAAAACCCUUUGCUGUAAAAUCAGGGUAUUGUUCUGAUAUGGAAAAAGAUGAUGCCCAACAACGGCAUCACAUCAAAGAAUUGCAAUUCUUCUGUAACCAAAUUGUAGCAAAGUGUCAAGACUCAAUAACCCAGAGGGUGGAAAGCAAAACAGAUUACUAUGACACGUACAUCAAGGAACUGCUUGAAAUGAUUGAUGAAACAUUACUACAAAACAAGAAACUUAAAAUUUGUGAGGAAUGUGAGGUGUCACUGAAGUUACACAUCUUUGGCAUAGCAGCCAUAGAGUUCCAGAAGAUGCAUGAUGAUUUCAUUACAGUUAAUGAUCCAAGGAAGUGUCUGGAGCAGUCUAAGAGCAAGUACCUAACUGAUUUCAUAGACUUGUUUCAUGAGCGAGACCAAUGCCAAAAGAAAGCUGAGGAUUUCACCAAGCUGUGUUUACAACCAGCUGUACUGGACUAUGUGAAUAAAAUGAUUGGUCCUGAUGUGGUGGAUCUAAUGAAGACUAGUAAAGGGUCAGAGGAUUACAGCACAAGAGGGGCUUUCCAAUUCUCUAUUUUGAAACAGCUCUUGACUGAUGGGGAGUAUGAGAAGUAUAGAGAGUACAUUAGAAAUUAUGAACAGUUCAUAAAGCAGUGGCUGUUUGACCAUAUUGUCAACCAACUGUCAAAAGAGAGCAGUCUGAAAAAAUUGGUGAAGAAGCAUCUUACCAAAUAUGACCAUGAGAUGGACAUCAAAGAGCGACUCAGGUCACUUCCAUUUAAGCCUCAGAACGAGAUGUUCACCAGUCUGUUUGGUUGUGGAGAGGUAUGUCCAUUCUGUAAAGCACCCUGUGAGGCAGGAAGAAAGGAGCAUUCAAAACACUUCACCUUCAUUCAUCGUCCACAAGGCAUUCAUGGUUGGAAGAGAACUGAUACGAAGGUUUUGGUAACUGAUAUAUGUUCCUCUGAUGUGAUUAGUGAGAACAAAUUCAACCUCUCUCUGGUAGGAGCUUGUAACCACCUGUACAAAGACUACCAGAAAUACUUCCCAGACUGGAUCAUACCUGGAGAUUCCAGCAUUGAGGCUACAGACUACUGGAAAUAUGUGAUGGCCACAUUCAAUGAGAGAAUUGCUGAAGACAACGAUGGGCUUCCUGCUGACAUCCCAGAGGACUGGAAGACAUUAACACCUGAGGAUGCCAUGAAGUGCUUGGAAACAACAUUUAACAUGACAUGAAGUGGAAAAUGACAGUGAAGAUGGU